UCGUCAUCGAUAUAUUUUGUUCUCCAACACUAGUUCGUCCGCCAUUUUGUAUGCCAGUCCAAAAAAUUCCGCCAGAGCUUGAAUUAGAUCUAAAACUACUGAUAAAACUGCAAUUACUGCCAUCAAUAAGGCAACUUUGAAGCAAUUGUAAUCCAAGAGCAUAUAAGCGAUGGCUAGUAACCCCAAUCAGAAUAAGAAAGGUCCCAAACGUAAGGCGGCACCUGAGGAAGGCGACCAAAUAAUUGCAUACGUGGAGGAAUAUGUGGCCCAAUUGUGCUACGAUAAUGAUCUCCGUACCAUCCUGAUCGCUGAAAAGAACAAGGCGUUUGAGGUCCUGAUCGCCGAGAAGUACACCACUUUGAACUACUUGAACUUUGACUACUUGACCCAUGGCGACAAUCCCCAGACUUUUGUGGUUGACCUCCACUUUUUGCUUUCCAAGAACACCCAUAUCCUGGAGUUUCUCAAUCAGCUGGUAGACGCCAAAAGAAACUUAGUCCUGGCUUACGAAGCCCACUGCAAGAAGGCCCUCAAGUUCAAGGCCGACAUGCGGAAGAAAAAUAAUUGCUUCGAUGAGUUCACCGGGAUGAACUACCACGAUCUGAAGAAGACCAUUCUAAACGCUGCGAAAGAGGAGCAAGAAAUUCGCGCGAAGACAGCUUUAAAAUCCGAGGAGCUCAAAAAGAAGCUAGAAUUCAUAAACGCCACCAAAAAGUCAAUGAAUAAUAACAUCCGUGUUCUAAAUCAGAUCGAACAGGACGCCAUGGAAAUUGUCGAAGAUUUAAAAUCAAGAAUUUUUGCAGUGCAAGUCCAGCAAAAAGCAAAUAAUAUUUGAACAAUCACCAAAAAUCCAUUGGAAAAUGAGGUUCUCAAUAAUACCUCAUCUUCUAAAAAAUAUAUGUGGAAAUCCUUAAAUUGCUUUAACAUUGAACAAG